AUGAAUGUUGCCAAGUCAAUUAACGAAUAUAUUUUAGAUAUGGUUGACAGUGUGAGUGGAGUGAAAGUAUUAAUUCUUGAUGAAUUUACAGUAAAUAUAAUUUCUGUGGUCACACCAUUCAGCUCCAUCAUGCAAAAGAAUGUCUUUCUCGUUGAUGUGCUGCAAAAUGAAGCAAGACAAUCACUCAAGAAUAUGAGAGCAAUAGUAUUUGUCAGGCCAACGAAUGGUAAUGUGGAAUUACUUAAGGCAGAACUUGUUAAUCCAAAGUAUCAAUCAUAUAAUAUUUAUUUUUCAAAUGUAAUUAGUCAACACUUGUUAGAAAAACUUGCCUCAAGUGACAAACAUGAACUAGUUAAGAAUGUAUUUGAAUAUUUUACAGAUUAUUUAGCUGUGGAUAAAUCAAUAUUUUCCCUCAAUAUUUCAAGUACAGCAUCAAUACUGAAUAAUUCAUGGGAUGACAUUGCCUUUCGUAGAAUUAUUGAUGGCUUGUCAAGUUCAUUAAUUUCACUAAAAAAGAGACCAAUUAUUAGAUUUCAACAAUCAUCAGAUAUUUGUAAAAAGAUUGCUACCGAGCUUGGUGAAAAAAUCUCAACAAAUAGUCAUGAUAAUGGCAUUUUUGAUUUCAAAAUGGAUUACGAAACAAGAUACCAUACUAAAGCCCCUCCUCAACCAAUUGUACUAAUAAUUGAUCGUAGAGAUGAUCCAGUGACACCUCUUUUAAUGCAAUGGACGUAUCAAGCUAUGAUUCAUGAGUUGAUUGGCCUUAAAAACAAUGUUAUCAAAUAUCCAUCAACCAAGAGAGAGGAAGUAUUUUCAGCUCAAUAUGACGAAUUUUACUCGAACAAUAUGUAUGAAAACUGGGGAGAUUUGUGUAAAAAUGUAAAGCAGGUUGUAGAAGUCUUCCAAGAAAAUCACAACAUGAAGGAAAGCAUCCAGACAAUUGAGGAUUUGGCCAAUUUUAUGCAAAAUUUCCCAUCAUUUAAGAAGCAACAACAAGAAACAGAGAAGCAUGUCACUAUGGUUACAGAAUUGAGAUCUAUUGUGGCUAAGCGUAAACUCUUAGAUGUUAGUGAGGUUGAGCAGGAGAUUGUUUGUGGAAAAAAUCAUAACAAAAAUUUUGAAGCUUUGAAAGACAUAUUGAGUAGAGAAACAACAUCUGAAAAGGAUGCUCUUCGUUUGGUAAUUCUUUAUGCUUUGAGAUAUGAAGAUAAUAUUGAUAAUAUAAGAACCUUAAAGACUAUUCUUCGUAGAAAUGGUGUUGAGGACAUUGGUUUGAUUGACAAUGCUAUUGAACACGGAGGUAAGGCAAAACGUACCAAAGGUUUGUUCGAUGAGGAGCCAACCUCUAUUUCUUUCAAAGAGUUAUUUAAAAAGGUGGCCAAUGAAUUCAAAGAUCAGGAAGUUUUAAAUGUUUUCACUCAACACAAACCUCGUCUUUAUGAUACAUUGGAUCAAUUAUUUAAAGGAAAGUUAUCCCUCACAGAUUAUCCAUUUAUGGGAUUGACAUCAAGAGAAGUUCCACAAGAAGUAAUUGUAUUUAUUGUUGGAGGUAUCACUUAUGAGGAAGCGUCUACUGUAGACUCACUUAAUCAACUUGAUGACAAUUUCAAAUCUGUCAUUCUUGGAGGAACUUGUAUUGUAAAUAGUACUACCUACCUCAAAGAAUUAAAAAGAAUGUAUGAAAAAGAUUAA